UAAUUUGUCAGCAAUCAAUUUACAAUGUUAUUAAAUUGAUUUUAAAACAUUAAUAUUACAUUAUAAUAUAAAUUAGUAAAAAUUAUAUUCCAUAAAUGAUUAAAUAUAUCUAUUUAAUAACUUGAAUAUUAUAAAAUCUCUGUAAUACCUCAAAAUACUUUAUUUUAUAAAAAUCAGUUUAUAUAUGAAAAGACAUAAGUAAAUAUGUCGGAGAAGCUAACGUUGGGCCAGCGGGUGAUUGUGGUUGGUAGAGAGGUGAAAGGAUCUGUGGCCUAUGUUGGGUAUCCAACGUUUGCGACAGGGAAAUGGAUUGGUGUAAUAUUGGAUGAACCAAAAGGCAAGAAUAAUGGUACAGUUCGUGGACAUGCAUACUUUAGGUGUGAGGAGAACUAUGGUGUGUUUGUACGUCAGACUCAGAUCCAGCUCUUGGAUGCGGAAGACAACCCAAUGGAGACCUCCAUGACUGCAUCCAUUGAAGAGCCAAAGAGUACAUCAUCUAACAGGAGACUUAGCAGUAUAACUGUGGCCCAGAGGUCUAGACCCACCACGGUGCGACGGAAGGCGUCGCCCGCGCAGACCAAAUCCGGGACGUUGUCUAUGUCGAGUUCGCGCACGUCGCUGGCGAGCAGUCGUCAAUCUCUUACAUCGUAUGCAUCUCCGACUGCGGAGAGGGCAUCUUCGCCGGAUCUAUCGAAACGCGCCUCGUUUGUUGAGACGGGAUUUGUGGAGACCUUGACUCCUCAGUUCACCCCGGGGCAGAGCAUCACCUCCCCACAGCCCGUGCCUUCUGUCGAAGAUAAGCUGGCAAACUUACAGGCGCAGCAAGAGAUUACCCAACUUAAAUCUGAAGUCGAAGACCUCAAGGAGAAGCUGGAGACUAUCAAGGUGCGCCGGGCGGAGGACCGAGAGAAACUACGCGAGCUGGAGCGAGUCAAGCUACAGCUGGACCAGGCCAAUGAGUUCAAGACGAGGAUAAUGGAGUCGCAGGCGCAGCUGCAGAGAGACCUGCAGCGGGCCAAGCAGGAGACAAGAGAAGCUCAAGAAGCCUUAGAAACUCACAAUGACGAGACCGCUGAACUGCAAGAGGCUGCAGAGAUGGCGGCCCUGGACAAGGAAAUGGCCGAGGAGAGAGCUGAAGCCCUCCAGCUGGAGUUGGAGCAGUGCAGGGAGAAAUUGGAGGAGGCUACCCUGGACCUGCAGCUGAUGAAGGCGGAGAUGGAAGCGGGAGGGAAUAUACAGCACCCCUACGCAGCGGAGGGGGGCGCCGCCACCGGCUACGAGAUGAGGCAGCUCCAGCAGCAGAACGGCAGGCUGCGGGACACGCUCGUGCGGCUGCGGGACCUCUCCGCGCACGAUAAGCAUCUCAUGCAGAAGAUGCACAAGGAUUUGGAGCAAUACAAGUCGGAGAUAGCUGAACUGAGCCGCACCAAGGAGAAGCUGUCCAGCCGCGUCGAGGAACUCGAGUUGCAGGUGGCUGAUCUCCGCGAGCAGGUGGAUGCAGCCCUCGGCGCUGAGGAGAUGGUGGAGCAGCUUGCGGAGAAGAAGAUGGCUCUCGAGGACCAGGUGGAACAGCUGAAGCAGGACGUAUCUGAGCUGGAGGCUCUGCAGGAGGUGCACGAACAGCUGGUGGAGUCCAACCGCGAGCUGGAGAUGGACCUGCGCGAAGAGUUGGAGAUGGCACACGCGGCCACCAGGGAGUCUGUACGUGAGCGGGAAGCUGCGCUGGAGACGAUCAUGGACCGGGACUCGACCAUAGUGAAAUUCAGGGAACUGGUGCAGAAGAUGACUGAGCAGUACGCCGAGCUGAGGACGCAACUAGACUCCAAACAAGGCUCACCAGCUCCAAGCUCGGAACAGGAGUCGACCCCGGAGCCGGCAGCGCGAAGCUCUCCACCCGCGGAGCUGGGCUCGCUAGUGCACGCCUCCCGGGCCUCCACGCGGUCCAUAGACCUGCAGCUGCGCGCGCUGGAGCUGUCGCAGGCGAGGGCUCGUGCCGACAUGCUGGCCGCUUGUCUCCCGGACCACUUCAUGGGGACAUCAGGUGACCACGACGCUAUACUCCUGAUCCUGUUACUCCAGCGUCUGAACACCAAAGCUGACAUUAUACUCGGACAGAUACGCGAAAAAUUCCCAGCGGUGAACGUGUGGGAUCGCGAGGCCGUCACCAAGACCCACACGGCCGUGCAGUACAGCUUCCGGUGCCAGCUUGAGUACCAACUGCACAUGAUACAGUGUAUAGUAUCGAUGUGGACCGCAGCGCUGGACAGCUGUUCACCGGAAGUGCUGCUGCGAGCUGCCAGCGCUUUACCGGAUGCUCUGCAGCAGGAGCGGGCGCUGGAUGCAGCCACACACCUGCUGAAGGGGAAUGAACUCGACGAGAACUGCAACUUGGACGGUAUGGAGCGGUGCUGGAGCUACUUCUGCGCCAUGUGGUCGGGCGUGGGGCUGUGCGGUGGGGGCGGGGCGGGCGGGGCGCCGCGUGAGGCCCUGCUGCACGCCACGUGCGCGCUGGACGCGCUCGCACGCGCGCUGCACGCCGACGCCACCGCACUCACCUAUAUACUCCAGUCUUCGGAAAGGCAACUAGAGCUGGGCCAGUUGCACGAAUCCAUCUGCACGGCCACUGCUGCACUACAACAGCAGCUGAAGAGUGUCCGCAGGCGUCUGCCGCCGGGUGUACGUCUGGACGCUGUACUCCUGGACCCUCAGCUGGUGGAGCGUCUGCGCGGGGACUGCGCGCGCGCGUUGUGGCGGUGCGCGCGUGCGACGUCGCUGGCGUCGCGGGCGGCGUGCGCGUGCGCGGCCACGGCGGGGGAGCGCGGCGAGCCCGCGCCGCUCGCGCACGCGUCGCUGCUGGCGCUGUGGGCCGCCGCCUGCGACAAGGUCUACCACCAGGACGACCACGGUCCAGUGCGCACCAUCAAGCACGCGCUGUCGCAGGUGUCGGCCGACGUCACCAAGCUGGCCACCUUCGUACAGGACAAGGAGUACGAUAUGAUGUCACUCACCAACGUCGCCACAGAUAAGCCGACGCCGCCGGUGGUGGUGCGGGCGCAGCUCGUCAAGAAGCAGCUGGAGGAGACCAAGACCCUCACCAUCAAGCUGGAGAAUAAGGAGGCCGACAUCAAGGAGCUCAGGAAGGCGCUCAAGGGUAAACAAGAGGAGUUGUCCGAGAUGCAGAUCCGCCGCGAGUUGGGCGAGAGGAAGCUGACGUCGAGCGCGAGAGAUGCAGAGCUUCGAGCUGAACAGCUGCAGAGGAGAUUAGAGGAUGCACAGAACCAACUCAAACGUAAAGAGAAAGAGUUUGAAGAAACGAUGGAUCAUCUGCAGCAGGACAUUGAUUCGUUGGAGAGUGAGCGCGGUGCUUUGAGAGAUAAACUGAAGCUAUACGCAAAGAGAGGUGGCACCCACCAUGAUUUGCUGUUCUAUAUGACUACAGCGAGACCUGCCCGGGACUACACACCGGCGGCGGCGACGCCAGUACGGGACUACGCACCGGCGGCGACACCAGUGUCCGCACCAAAAGAGAUCCCGCAAGAGGCACCGAUGAAGGUGGCUCCAGGAGUGGUGGCUGGUGAAGUGAACGAGGCUCUGCAGCAUCAGCUCAAGGUUCUAAGUUGGACUGUGGAACGCGAAAGGGCAGCGCGCGUGGCGGCCUGCAGGCGAGCUGAACGUGCCACCAUCAGGAACCUUCGGCCGCUGGAACACCCGUCGGCUGACGCAGCUCGCGCCAGGAGACAGGCUGCUGCUGUACUUGAGAAGGAGCUGGCAACACUACACACUGAGUGGACUCUGUUCGUGGCCCGGUCCGGUCUCGUGAAGUUCCCUGAGGAUCCCAGCAAGUACGCGAGAGCUCUGCAGCAGCACAAGGAGAAGCAGAGGGAAGUCAGGAGGCAACUAGAGGAGCGACUGACGGCCCUACAAGCUGAGGUGAAGAACCAGUUGCUCCUUCACCGACCCUGGCGCUGCGUGGAGGCAGACUUCGCAGAGUUUCCAGCACCUGAAUUAGCCGCCGCGUUGUCGGGCCGCUCGCUAGCUGUCGGCACGCUGCAGUACCCAGCGGCUGACUCCGCCCCCUCAGCUGACACUGUCUACGUCACGCCCAGCCAACUCGCCAAACUCCGCGAGCUAGUGGGUGAGCUGCAAUCGGAUGAUGUGAAGCUGCACCUGCAACCUCUGGACUCCACCGUCUGCGCAGCGUAGACAACAUCUGGACUCUACUACACUCCAGCUCUAUAGUUAAACCUCUUACACCUUAUAGGAGGCAUGACAGCUUAGUGCUCUGGAAUGAUAACGUGAUGAUAUUGCUGUUCAUGUAUAUUGACGACGGUUAACACUUACCAUCAGGCGGGUCAUAAGCUGGUUCAUUAUAAUAACAUAAAAAGAUUACAAUAUUAAAUAAUAUAAAUAAAUAAGAUAAAAUGUUACCGUCAUCUCUUGGAUUAGUUUGUUAUCGGUGUUUCUAUAAUUGGAGAGUUGGUCAGAAUAAUUGCACGCCUGCGUAGUUGGCGGGUUGCUAAUAUAUAAUAGUAAAAUCUGUGUCUGACAUUACAUACGGAAACAAAUUGAAGUUACCACUCACCAUCACGUGGACCGUGAGUUAAUUUGCUAUUUCAGUAUCUUGAAAAAAAAAAAUUGAUAUUUGUCAUAAAUGAUACACUA